GGCGGUUUUCAGAGCGUAAUUUAUUUUUGUAGCCUGUCAACUUCAAACUUUAGCCACCACAAGCAUACCGGAAUUCAUAAGCUUUUUCCCAAAUCACAAACGGACCGAAUAUCUAUCCACCAUCUUUGCCUGUUAUUCCCGGUUAUUUGUGGCAGCUGGUCAUCGGUAACUUCCUGCUUUCAGCUUUAUCUGUGACAAUAGCCACAGUGAUAGUAAUCAAUAGGCCUACUACUUCACGAUCACAGUUUUUACCUGAAACGUCGGAGUGGUCUUCUUGCAAUAUCCAGACCAGAGUGUGACUGGAUUCCCACUGCUUUGGGUGAAGACGUUAUGGGUUUUGGGGAGGACCUGUGGUGCCCUCAGGCCCACGCAGCCCUGAUGCGCCUGCAAGACUCUGAGCUGCGUCUGAUGGAAAUGAUGAAGAAGUGGAUGAGCCAGCGGUCCAAGAGCGACCGGGAGUUCUCUGUUCAGCUGCACCAGAUGGCUGCCAUGGUAGAGAAGCUAGAUGGGCCCCAGCCUGGCAGUGGACUGGACUACAUCAGCCAGCUCAACCAGUCAUGGGGCGUACUGGUGUUACAGACAGAGGGUUUGAGUCGGUUGAUGCGGCGUCGGUCUGAAGACCUGCAGGUUGGGCCCCUCAGCAAACUUACCCUGCUGAUCAGAGACAAGCAGCAGCUGAGGAAGACUUAUGCAGAGCAGUGGAGCCAACUCAGCCAGGAGCUCAACAGGGUGACCCAGAUGGAGCUGGAGCGACUGAAGGCCAGUUAUAAGCAGUUAGGGAAGGAUGCAGCGCAGGCCAGGAGGAAGUACCAGGAGGCCAAUAAAGAUAAAGACCGUGAUCGGGCAAGGGAGCGCUAUGUGAAGGCCACCAUGAGGCUCCACGAACUUCAUAAUGAGUAUGUCUUGUCAGUCACAGCAGCCAGGGCAUAUCACCAAUACCACUAUAGCCAGGUCCAACCUGCUCUGCUCAACGCAUUACAAAGCCUUCAGCAGGAGAUGGUGCUCGUACUGAAGGAGAUCCUGCAGGAGUACUAUGAAAUGUCUAGUCUGCUCCACCAGGAGGUGUUGUAUAUACACAAGGAGAUGUCCACUGCUCUAAAGGCUAUAGAGCCACACACAGAGUAUGAGAAUUUCAUCCAGCAGAACAGGUCUGUGGGGGAGGUUCCGGUGUGCAUAGACUUUGACUUUGGUGUUCUGGAGGACACAAAUGGGCUCAAGGCUGGAGAGCUGGAACUAAAUGAGCUCACGGUGGAGGGCAUCCAGCACAAGCUGACUACAGUGGAGGAGGAGCUACUGUGUCUAGCUUCUACUGUGGGUUCCCAACAGGCCUCUGUCAACCAACUUGAGUUGGAGCUUGAGGAAGAGGAGGAGGGCAUCAAACGUGGUCAGAGGGUGUACCAGUUCAGCAAGAGGCAUGCACUGGAGGAGAGCCGCCACAUAGUGGCACUGUCCCUGGGAGCUAGAGCCAGGCUGGAGGCCAAGAGGAUGCUGCUGAACGAGAAGCUGGAAUGGCUGGGUUCCAAUGACGCCCCGCCAGCCAUGGGACUGGAGGAGGACCGGAUCUCCCCCUCCUCCUUGAACUGUGGUGAGAAGGAUGGCCUCAGAAACCUCAGUGUGGACUCCAUAAUAAGUCACCUCAGCGGCCUGUUCAAACCUAAAUACAUGGUGCCCCCUGCGCUGACCCCAGUCCCAGAGGUGGAGCGGCCCCUGGAGCAGCAGGACUGGUACCACGGAGCCAUCCCCAGGCUGGAAGUCCAGGAGCUGCUGAGGAACGAUGGCGACUUCCUGGUCAGACAGAGUCAGGGCAAACAGGAGUACGUCCUCUCUGUCCACUGGGCGGGCUCCUGUAGGCACUUCAUCAUCCAGAACGUAGAUAAUGCGUACCGUCUGGAUGGAGAGGGAUUUCAGACCAUCCCCAUGCUGAUGCAACACCUGGUCUCCUCACACCAACCCGCCACCAAGAGGUCAGAUAUUGUCCUUAAGAGACCUGUGCUAAAGGACAAGUGGGUUUUGGAACAUGAUGAUGUCAUUCUGGGACAGAGCAUUGGCCAGGGGAACUUUGGGGAGGUGUACAGUGGUCGCCUGCGUUCUAACAACAUACCUGUAGCUGUGAAAGCCUGCAAAGAGAACCUGGCCACAGAAAUCAAAAACAAAUUCCUCAUGGAGGCUAGGAUCCUGAAGCAGUAUGAUCAUCCUAACAUAGUGAAGCUGAUUGGGGUCUGCACUCAGCAACAACCCAUCUAUAUUAUCAUGGAGCUGGUACAGGGGGGAGAUUUCCUAUCUUUUCUGCGCUGUGAAGGUCACAACCUGAAGUCCAAAAUGUUGGUAAAAAUGGCGGAGAAUGUGGCAUCUGGCAUGGAGUAUCUAGAAAACAAGAAGUGCAUCCAUCGAGACCUGGCAGCCCGUAACUGUCUGGUGGGUGAACAGAGCAUUGUGAAGAUCAGUGAUUUUGGGAUGUCUCGCGAACAGGAGGAUGGGAUCUACUCUUCCACCGGGGGUUUAAAACAGAUCCCUAUCAAAUGGACGGCCCCUGAAGCCCUUAACUAUGGGAGGUACACCAUGGACAGCGACGUGUGGAGUUUUGGAGUUCUGUUAUGGGAGACAUUCUCCAGGGGACUCACCCCCUAUUCCAGCAUGACCAACCAGCAGACGCGAGAUGAGGUGGAAAAAGGAUACAGAAUGCCUCCCCCUAAUUCCUGUCCUCCAGAAGUGUAUGCCAUUAUGUGUCGCUGCUGGGAGUACAAUUCCAGGAAACGGCCAUCCUUCAGCAAAAUCAGGACCGAACUCAGUGACUUAUACCAUAACAUUUCCUAAUUUGAGUGACUAUAAGUUCUGUUUCACCUUUCAAUAUAGAAGUUAAUGUUGCCUUUUUUCUACAUACAAUGAUUAUAGAGAAAGCCAGUUGAUAUGUGACCUUGGUUUGUAAUCUGAGGUCAUAAUAUGCCGUGCAGUGAGACCACAGGUAAUUGAGGGACAGAGAACAUGUUUGUUUUGAGCAAAUGUUUACUAUAUUCUACAGCAAUUCAAUCUUAAUGUUGUUGCAGUACAGUUCAUUAUACUUGUAUAAGCUGUAAAGAGGAGACUUUCCUUGUAGAUUCUAUUUAAAAUUAUUUAAAGGCAAUAAUGAUGACGA